AUGGCAGGUUUCGAGAUACAGGACUAUGCUCAUGAGGUGCAUACAUCUGUGGAUGGAUACGCCGAACCACACAUCCAGCCCACCAAGUCGAGUAGCAGACAGAACAUUCCUCGGUGCAGAAACUCCAUCACGUCAGCCACCGACGAACAGCCUCACAUUGGAAAUUAUCGUUUACAAAAAACAAUAGGGAAGGGGAAUUUCGCCAAAGUGAAGUUGGCGAGACAUGUUCUAACUGGGAGAGAGGUUGCUGUGAAAAUAAUAGAUAAAACUCAGCUAAAUCCUACCAGUCUACAAAAGUUGUUUCGAGAGGUACGAAUAAUGAAGAUACUGAACCACCCUAACAUAGUAAAAUUGUUUGAAGUGAUUGAAACAGAGAAGACCCUCUACUUGGUCAUGGAAUACGCAAGCGGGGGUGAAGUAUUUGAUUACUUAGUGGCCCACGGAAGAAUGAAAGAAAAAGAGGCCCGUGCAAAAUUUAGGCAGAUUGUAUCCGCUGUCCAGUAUUGUCAUCAAAAGUGCAUUGUUCACCGUGAUCUUAAGGCUGAAAACCUUCUCCUUGAUGCUGACAUGAAUAUUAAAAUUGCUGACUUUGGUUUUAGUAACGAAUUUACAGUCGGGAGCAAACUGGACACAUUUUGCGGAAGCCCGCCCUACGCUGCUCCCGAGCUCUUCCAGGGAAAGAAGUACGACGGGCCCGAGGUGGACGUGUGGAGUCUCGGCGUCAUUCUGUACACGCUGGUCAGCGGCUCCCUGCCCUUCGACGGCCAGAACCUGAAGGAGCUGCGGGAGCGCGUGCUGCGGGGCAAGUACCGCAUCCCCUUCUACAUGUCCACCGACUGCGAGAAUCUGCUCAAGAAGCUCUUAGUGCUGAACCCCACCAAGAGAGGCAGCUUGGAACAAAUAAUGAAAGAUCGGUGGAUGAAUGUUGGUCACGAAGAGGAAGAGCUGAAGCCAUAUACGGAGCCUGAGCCGGAUUUCAACGACACCAAAAGGAUAGAUGUCAUGGUCACCAUGGGUUUCGCAAGAGAUGAGAUAAAUGAUGCCUUAAUAAAUCAGAAAUACGAUGAAGUUAUGGCCACUUACAUUCUUCUAGGUAGAAAACCACCUGAAUUCGAAGGCGGUGAGUCAUUACCCAGUGGAAACUUGAGUCAGAGGCCCCGGCCCAGUAGUGACCUAAACAACAGCACUCUCCAGUCCCCCGCCCACCUGAAGGUCCAGAGGAGCAUCUCGGCCAAUCAGAAGCAGCGGCGCUUUAGCGAUCAUGCUGGUCCAUCCAUCCCCCCUGCCGUGUCCUAUACAAAAAGGCCUCAGGCUAACAGCGUGGAAAGCGAGCAGAAAGAGGAGUGGGAGAAAGAUGGGACAGCUCGUAAACUUGGCAGCACCACGGUGGGAUCAAAGAGCGAGAUGACUGCCAGCCCCCUGGUGGGGCCAGAAAGGAAAAAAUCGUCAACUAUUCCCAGUAACCAUGUGUAUGCUGGAGGGAGCAUGGCUCGGAGGAACACGUACGUCUGCGAAAGGACCACAGACCGAUACGCGGCCCUGCAGAAUGGGAAGGACAGCAGCCUCACGGAGAUGUCGGCCAGCAGCUUGUCUUCCGCAGGCUCUGCCGUGGCCCCUGCUGUCCCCUCAGCACGACCGCGCCACCAGAAGUCCAUGUCGGCAUCCGGCCACCCGAUCAAAGUUACACUGCCAACCAUUAAAGACGGCUCCGAAGCUUACCGACCCGGGUAACGUGCCAGUUGCAUUUCAUUUUGUUUAUUAAAGGGUUGGUGUUUCCAAAAUACGUUUUUACUGAUUUUAGAGAGAGGAAGGGAGUGAGAGAGAAACAUCCACGGGAGAAGCAUCAUUCGGCUGCCUCCUGCACGCCCCUGCUGGGGAUGGAGCCACAGCCGGGCAUGUGCCCUGACGGGCAUCUUAUCAUUAAAUCUCAACCUUCACUUUGUUUUGAGGGAUCCAAGUGAAGGCGAAGCCAGUGGCAGAACAGACACCUCAAGGAGUACGUCAGGGGACCCCAAAGAAAGAGACAAGGAGGAGGGUAAAGACCCCAAGCCCCGUUCUUUGCGGUUCACCUGGAGCAUGAAGACCACUAGUUCCAUGGACCCCAACGACAUGAUGCGAGAAAUCCGGAAAGUGUUAGAUGCAAACAACUGCGACUACGAACAGAAAGAGAGGUUCUUGCUGUUCUGCGUCCACGGCGACGCCAGACAGGAUAGCCUCGUGCAGUGGGAGAUGGAAGUCUGCAAGUUGCCACGGCUGUCGCUGAACGGGGUCCGCUUCAAGAGGAUAUCUGGAACGUCUAUUGCCUUUAAGAACAUUGCGUCUAAAAUAGCCAACGAGCUCAAACUGUAAAGAAACUCCCAUUGGCAGGAUCAGGGAAGAGCCAUCCAAACGAGGUACAGUUCUUGAAUGUACUGGUAACGCCCAGUGUGAUCGGCCUGUGAUUCGCCCGUGUAGAAUUUGCCUCUAACGCAAUAAGGUUAUACAUAGUUAUGAUCUGUAAAAUUAAAGUCAGUAUGAACCAUAACAAAUAUCUGUAGCUAAAAAUAAAAUAAAAAAGUAGGUUCACAUGUACAGGUAAGUAUAUUGUGUAUUUCUGUUCAUUUUCUGUUCAUAGAGUUGUAUAAUAAAACCGACGACUGCUUCAAAACUUGUAUAGUUCUCUAGAUUUCUGCCCAUGAUUGUACGCCUGAUGCUCUGAGUUGAAAAUACUCUUCCCUGUUAUUUACAUUCUGGUGGGUUUUUUUAAAAAAUUCUUAACUUCCAUCAUGCAAUUUUGAAAAUUGUGUCCAGGAUUCAAAGUGCACAGAAAUAGUCUGCACAGUAGCAUGGACUUUGAAAAACUUAUUUUCACGUCAUACUUAAAUUUAAACCAGAAGCCGAUGCCUAAAUCGGCUUUGUUCUACACAGAAUUAUUCCUGCUUGUCUUUGCUCUUACCUUGUCACCGGGCAAGGUCUAGUUGAGAAGAUAUGAAAUGUUUACAGUGUUGGCACUUAGAGUUUUUCAAAUAAAAUACAUGAAAAUAAAUUAGAGCUUCGCCUUGAGCUAAAUAACUAGGAAGUACUGGGGGAAGUGAAAUCUUCACCAGGUUUCUUUUGAACUUCAAGUGUAUUCUGGCCCUGCUCUAACGGUAGAAUCAGUGCUUUAUCUGGCUAGUGUAACGCAGUAGGUUUGCGGCCAUCCCAAUACCACCACGCACUGUGGGGAUGUGGGAAUAUCAGGAUUGUUCCAUAGCACAAACUCACCUUUCCAGCGUUGGUCACCGAUCGGUUAGGAAGUAACGCCACCUCAGGAAUCAACUGGCAUCGGGACUAUUUGCCCCACUCUCCUGUCCCCCGCUCCCUCUCCCCCAACUCAAUAAUAUCUGUAAGUAUUUAGGAGACUUUUGAGCAAAACUGUUAUACUAUUUAUAACAGCAGAUUAUUGAUUUACAGUCAUGUGCUUGUUCCGUUUGUUCCCAUGUAACCUGUUUGUUUUGACUAUUUUGCCAGAUCUCUUGUAUUUAUUUCAUAACGUCAUGCCUAUAACGUGCGGCUUUGUGACGGGAGGCGUUUGCCUAGUUUCCUUUCGUAAUUAGCGAUCCCUGCGAUGUAAAACCACUAGUCAAGGUACAUUUUAAUACUUGUGAUUUUAUACUGGACUGGCCUUGGAGGUUUCCUGUGCAAUGUUAGUUAACGUUGUCAUUACCGUAACACCCACCUAGGGCCCCGUCUGCACACUCCUGAGACAGAAAGCGUGUUCAGAUUUUUACGAGUCUAAAGAAAACUAAAGCUGUGAUAAAUACUGUGAUUCCAGCCUGCAUCCGAAGGCUCUCCGUGUAGGUGACUGCCGUUCCACAUGGCUCCCGGACGAGGGUGACCUUUACAUCCUGUACUGUACUGUGACGUAGCUCUCUUCUGUACCAGUUCUGUUCUGAAUCAAAGUGUAUUUUUUUUUUUUUUUUUGCCUUAGCCAAGGGCGGUGUUUGGAAAAAAACAGCAGCUGCGUCGCCCCCUUUUUAACGUAGCAUUCAUUCCAAAACAACUGAUGCAAGUUCUUUUCACUUUCACUGGUGCACACUGAAAUUUUACUUGAACAGUUCUCAUAAUAAAGCACUUGUCUUUCGCUCUUUA